GCCGCGUGAAUUGCAGACCCGUCGCGUCGCAGCCGCUGCUGAAGCGGGCCGGCAAGAACAGCCUCCUCCUCCGCCCCUUUUCCUUUCUAGAAACUUCUCGGCUUCCUUUCUUCAGUCCGUCUGUCGGCGGGGGCGCCAUAGAGGCGGGAGCGAGCUUGGCUGGUAGGCAGAGGAAGAACCUUCCAUUCGGGCCGAGAGGAAACAGGCCUAGCGCUUCGCCCGAGCUGGAGCCGCCGUUAAAGGCUGCCGGUUAGCUUCGUAACACCAGCGGUGCUUGCCGGAUCGGGUGGUGGUGAGGAAAAAUAGCGGCCGCUUUGCCAGCCCCAGUCCCGGUUACACGCCUGGGAGAAAAUCGUCAUGACCGCCGAAGAGGGGAAGGCUGAAGAGAUGAGUGCGGCGCAGGAGGGAGAAGGGGGAGUGGACAUUACUCCGAAGAACGAUGGCGGAGUCCUCAAGAUUAUCAAGAAAGAAGGAAUAGGGACAGAAUCACCCAUGAUAGGUGAUAAAGUGACUGUUCACUAUAUUGGGUGGCUUCUAGAUGGCACAAAGUUUGACUCAAGCCGGGACAGAAAGGACAAGUUCUCAUUUGACUUUGGGAAAGGUGAAGUUAUCAAAGCUUGGGACAUCACCGUGGGAACUAUGAAACUUGGAGAACUUUGUAAAAUUACCUGCAAACCAGAAUAUGCCUAUGGCUCUGCUGGCAGUCCCCCUAAGAUACCACCCAAUGCCACGUUAAUUUUUGAGAUAGAACUGUUUGAGUUCAAGGGGAAAGACCUCACAGAUGAUGAAGAUGGUGGAAUAAUCCGAAGAAUUCGUAAAAAGGGAGAAGGCUACUCCAAACCCAAUGAGGGAGCCAUGGUAGAGAUUGAGAUAGAAGGUCACCAUGGAGACAGACUAUUUGACAAACGAGAGCUGCGGUUUGAAGUAGGAGAGGGAGAAAACUAUGACCUUCCUCCUGGCUUGGACAAAGCCCUGCAGAAAAUGGAGAAGUUGGAAGAGUCUGUGGUGUAUCUCAAGCCCAGCUAUGGCUUUGGAAGUGCUGGGAAACAAAAGUUUCAGGUCCCUCCAGACGCAGAACUACAGUAUGAAAUCAAACUCAAAAGCUUUGAGAAGGCUAAGGAAUCCUGGGAGAUGAACACCAAUGAAAAGUUGGAACAAGGGUCUAUUGCAAAAGAAAAGGGCACCCAGUAUUUCAAAGAGGGGAAAUACAAACGGGCAACAUUACAAUAUAAGAAGAUUGUGUCGUGGCUGGAGCAUGAAACAGGGCUCUCGGAUGUAGAGGAAGCAGAGGCCAAGAGCUUGAGACUUGCUGCCCAUCUUAACCUGGCCAUGUGCCAUCUGAAGUUGAAAGAAUAUUCCCAGGCCUUAGAGAACUGCAACAAGGCUCUUGAGCUGGACAGCACCAAUGAGAAAGGUCUCUUCCGACGUGGUGAGGCCCGGUUGGCUGUCAAUGACUUUGAGUUAGCCAGAGCAGACUUCCAGAAGGUGCUACAGCUCUACCCAAGCAACAAAGCAGCCAAAGUGCAGCUAAUAAUCUGUCAGCAAAAGAUCCGUGAGCAGCAUGAGAGAGAGAAAAAGAUGUAUGCCAACAUGUUUCAGAGACUUGCAGACAAGGAAGCAAAGGUGGAAGCCGAUACAGUCCGUGAAGAAGAGACAGAAAUGAAAGAAGACAAACAGAAUGGAGUUGGGGGGAAAACUGAUGUUGAUGUAGAAGCUUGAGGCUGAAAUACUAUUCUGUUAGUUUUGUAAAAUUGAAGAAUUUCCAGUGAACUAGACCUUUAUUUUUCUAUCUGAUUGAAUAAGAAGCAGGGGCUGGGGCUAUGGUGCUACUUCAUGUCAGUCUGUGUAAGAAACAUUGGUGGCAGAACAGACCUGGAAUUAUCUUGGGGACUUUAUUUAUUCAAUCAUGCAUUCUGACUCUGUUGUUCUUGAUAUUGGGAAUUCUGUCAGAAUCCUUCAUCCUUAGUUCCAUUUUGGUUCUUUCACUGGCAUCUCUCUUGGGUUCCAUUUUAAUCUAAUCCCAAAUCUCACUAUUCACUCUUUUUUCCUUGACUUUUUUUUAAGAGUAAUCAUCUUAUCCAUUGUAUGGGAGACUUAUGAACAAACAAAACCACUAUGUCUCUUCUCCUGUUAUAGACUGGCUCUGUCUUAUUUCUUCUGUCAGUGCAGGCAUCCUCCUCCCAUGGACAAGUGUUGUCACCUUUCUUGUAAUGCCUCCCCUUUUUCACAUUGCUAAAGAUGAAGACUGUGAGGUCCAAAGCUUGAGCAAUAAAACACCAAAAAAAUCUAAAGUGUUGAGUAGAUGCCAUGUUCAGCAAAACUUUGAAGUACACCACCACCAGGCAUUUGCCCAGCAUCAAUAAAAACAGUGCUUACACACACCAGCCAAGGAGCAACAUGCUCAUGUUAGCUAUGAAUGGAAAGAUACAGGCUGGGAAUGUUACCAGUCAUUCCUGCAGCAGCAGGAAUUUUUUUUUUUAAAAAGGGGGGAGGGAAAGUCUCCCCCCCAUUUAAAUAAUUCUACUCGCCAUCCCCUGAAAAGUGCCAAAAAUUCCUAUAUGCUUUUGCAGCCAGAGAAUGGGGCUGUAUGGUAGAGAAGCACCUUCACCUUAGCACUAGUUUGAAUAUCAUCGGUGAUGUGCCAUAAUGUACUGCAGAACUAAUUGAAAUAUUAUGUUCUGCUGUGGGGUGAGGGUUGGCUCACCAUGGGUUAAAUUGGAAUGUUUUGAUUAACACCAUCUCUAAUUUUAUAUCACUGCCAGAGGUACAACUAAGGUCUGAGAUAGAUUAAGACCAUACGUCUCACUUGCUCCCCAACAGACUCCCAGUGCAGCCCCAGUUUUGACCCCUACACUUUAUUUUCAAGAUCUGCGAACACAAGGGACUCACUUGGUGUCCUAUAAUUUUCCAGCUAAUGGAAUUGGGGAAUGGAAUUGUACUGUUAACAAAUUAUGCUAUACAUGAAAAAGGAAUUCUUGAAUUAGUGAGAUCUAAGAUUUUGCUGUUAUGUAAUAAUUCAUUAUGGCUGGAAUGGGUGGGUUCACUAUGGGUUAUCAAAUUCAAUAUAGCCUAAGGGUAAUGGAAAAUCAAAGAUGAUAAAUUUCUUAAAUUUAGAUACUUACAGAAUAUGUUUUAAAGCAUAUUUCUGUCAUGUAUUGCAUAUAGUUUACACUGUGCAUGACAUAUGUAUGUUAGGCAUCUCAAUUGAAAAAUCAUUUACUUGGAAGCAAAUACCUUUGAAACAAAAGCAACUUCCAGGUAAAUGUAUUUAGGAUAAGUGCAAAGCGUGUCCGUAGAAUGGGAGACUGGGUAAGCAAAAGCUUCAUAAGCUGAGCACUGACAUCUGAAAUACGAUAAGAAACAGAAAGUGGAGAGCAGGAAUAAAUAGACCAGUUCUCCCAAUGGAGGGAUAUGGAAAGUGGAGUCGUCGUCCCUCCCCAAGAAUUGAUAUUGGGACUUGUGCUUUUUAACUUGUUCAUUAAUGAUAUAGAGAUAGGGUUGAGCAGCAAGUUAGCUAAAUUUGCUGAUACCAAAUUGUUCAGGGUGGUUAAAACAAAAGGAUCUCCAGAGUGGGCGAAUGGACAGUGAAAUGGCAAAUGCAAUUCAAUGUAAGCAAGGGUAAAGUGAUGCACAUUGGGGCACCCCCCCCUUAAUUUCACAUAUAUGUUGAUGGGGUCUGAACUAGUGAUUGACCAGGUACAAGAUCUGUUGACCCUGUGUGUGGCAGCUGUAAAAAAGAUGAAUGCCAUGUGACAGAUCAUUAAGAAAGGGAUUGAAAAUAAAAUUGCCCAUAUAA